AUGAGCAGUGACGAGAAUAACAAUAAGCCGGGACCGACUGGUGACGCUGGUAAGCAAUCGAUUUUCGAAUUGGAGCGCAUUGUGGUUUUUUUCAGCUCCAGUUGCGGAAAAUGGAAAGUUCGAUUUGACGAAGGUCAACCAGCCGAUGGCCGACUGGCUUGACGAUUGCAUCAAGAGACUCAACAGUAUGCGGUGAAUGUUAUGAAACCACCAGAAAUCAGUGCAUGUUCAGGUCUGUACAACAACACAACCAUCAACAUAACGCAAGUGAUGUCGGGCCACGAGAUCAUCCAAAUCAUCCGUCUCAUCGAGGGCGUCUUCAUGGACGAGAGCAAUUUGUGCGAGGCGGAGGCGCCGAUCAAAGUGAUCGGCGACAUCCACGCCCAGUUCCAGGACCUCAACCGCCUGUUCGAUUUGAUUGGCCGCGUGCCCGAGGAGCGCUUCAUGUUUCUCGGCGACUACGUGGACCGCGGACCGCAGGGCAUCGAGGUCGUCGUCCUGCUCUUCUGCCUCAAGCUCCGCUACCGGGACCGCAUCUUUUUGCUGCGCGGCAACCACGAGACGCCGUCGGUCAACAAGAUUUACGGAUUCUACACCGAGUGCCAGUACAAGUACGGCGUCGGUCUCUGGUGGGACUUUCAGGUCGGUUUCUAGGUCGGUUUCUCGCAACAUUCUCUUGCAGACGUGCUUCAACCGCAUGCCGAUGUCGGGACUGAUCUCGAAGAAGGUGCUGUGCAUGCACGGCGGUCUCUCGCCCGACCUCGCCACCCUCGACACGAUCCGCAACAUUCCGCGUCCGUGCGAACCGCUCGACCGCGGCCUUCUCAUUGACUUGUUGUGGGCCGACCCGACAAACAAGGGCGACGGAUGGUUCCACUCAAUCAGAGGUUUGAUUAGGCGGCCGAAUGUUCUCUCUUGGAAUCGUAGUCCCUCAUUGCAGGCAUCAGCUACAUGUUUGGAAAGGCAGUUGUCGAGCAGGCGUGCAAGAAUCUCCAAAUUGAUUUGAUCAUCCGGGCCCAUCAGGUGGUCCAGGAUGGAUAUGAGAUGAUGACCGGACGCCGUCUCAUCACCGUCUUCUCGGUGCCCAACUAUUGUGCCCAGUUUACGAACGCCGCCGCCGUCGUCUGCCUCAGCGCCAACUUGGAGGUGCGUGCCCUCUCGCGAAAUGCUCGCCAAUUCAUAUUUUGCAGAUCUCGUUCCAACAAAUGAUUCCGCCGCCACUGCCUGCGGGCACCAAAGCCAAAGUCGCGCCGGCGAUCGCCAUCGACGUGGACGCGGGCAAUGCGAAGGCCGACAAGGAAUUUAUCAAACCGUUCGCGAAGCCCGUCUAA